CUUGCCUCUGUGACCUUGAGUCCCCGAUAAACGGCGGUUAUUCCGUAUAUGAAGGGCGUGUUCUGAUCUUCAAGGUCGUUGUGGUCGACAGGUUUAUUUUUCGGUCACUGCUGUCCUAACAAUACCGUACUCAUCAACAAUUGAAUAUCACUUUUCAAGAUGGAAAAUAUCGGAAUUCUCUUUGCUGUAUAUGUCAUUACUGUGGUUUUCAUCUGUCCUUACACAAAAGUUGAGGAAAGCUUCGGCAUGCAAGCCUUACACGACUUGCUCUAUUUGCGAACUAACAUAACUAUGUACGAUCAUAACUAUUUUUCAGGUGUUGUACCGAGGUCGUUCCUGGGUUGCCUGUCUGUUGCCUGGAUUGUAUCGCCGCUAGUCUCCGUAAACACUUUGUUAGGAAUGCAGAAGUUCAUUUCCCAGUACAUUGUUAGAAUGUGCUUAGGAUUAAUAAUGGCCCUGAGUUUGAUCAAUUUCUCACAUUGCGUGAAGAAAGUCUUCGGUAAACACGUAUGCAUACGUCUUCUUAUAAUCUGCUGCAGUCAGUUCCACUUGGCGUUUUAUGCCUCACGAACGCUACCGAACACAUAUGCUUUCAUACUUGUCUUGUAUUCGUUGGGUCAUUUGAUCACUCGCAAUGAAACCAAAUUUGUUACAUCAGCUGGAAUUGCAAUUCUUGUAUUUCGUAGUGAAUUAAUUUUGCUAUUUGGUCCAUGUCUUUUAUAUGGUCUAUUUACUGGAUCUGUUAAACUUCGACUGAAACUGUUGAAAACAAUCAUUACAACUACUAUCAUCAGUAUCGGGUCCACUGUUUUAAUUGAUUCUCUGUUAUGGGGUAGAUUAAUCUGGCCAGAAUUCGAAGUAUUUUAUUUCAAUACAAUCUUAAAUAAAAGUGGACAAUGGGGAAUAUACCCAUUUCAUUGGUAUUUCACAUCUGCAUUACCGAAAUCACUUUUAUCCACUUAUAUAUUAUUAUUUACAUGGAUUAUUAUAAUCAUUCUCUCGCUACCUUUACAAAAGUAUUUUGGUUACCAGCAUAACAUAAUCUAUUUACAAUGUAAUGGAUUAUUAUUAGUUAGUUUUAUAUUCGUUGGUUUAUACUCUUUCUUACCUCAUAAAGAAUUACGUUUCAUUAUUUAUAUAUUGCCUAUAUUCAAUUUAGUGGUAGCAGAUAUUUGGGCUUAUUUAGAGAAACCAAUGCUUAAAUUGAAAGGAACAUAUAUGGAUUUAAUUAAAAAUCAUCAUAAAUUAAAUAGAAUAACAAAAUUUCGUAUUUUAUUCAUUUUCUAUUGUUAUAUACAUCUACUUGUGAAUAUACUAUGUUCCAUUAUAUUGAUAAUGAUUGCAAGAAAAAAUUAUCCUGGUGGUGAAGCAUUAACUAGACUUAAUCAUAUGGAUCAUUUAAUUCAUCGAACUGAUGUUCACAUUCAUAUUUGUAAUUUGGCUGCACAAACCGGUGUAACACGCUUUUUAGAAGAAAACAAUCAAUGGAUUUACAAUAAAACAGAAGGUUUAGAAACUAAUUUUAAUGUAUUAAACUCUUCAAAUUUUACACAUCUUAUAUCAGAACUAUCAAUAGAAAUAAUCAAUCGGGAAUUGUCAUCUUUCAAACAAAUUCUUCAAAUUGAUUGUUUCCAUGGGAUACAGUUUUAUCCAAGCUGGUAUUUUUGGAAUAUAAUUCAUAUCAAUAUUCAUCCAUGUUUGUUUAUUUAUGAAAGGAAAACAUUUGUUUAAUUCUAUUCAAUUUUUAUAGGAAUUUUGUUUUUCUUACUUGGUUUUCGUAAAUUAUGAAAUACAUUUUAAUUAUUAUACCA